UCCCCAAACGAAAGCCUAGCUCACUACUCCCCCAUUCUCCUUCCCUUCAGAGUUCAGAGAGACUGAGACUCUCCCCUAUCCUUGUCUCCUUCAAGCUUCAGCUUCAACCUUGCUACUCUCACCCAUUCUCCUUCGUGACUUCGUCCUUCCUGUCCUCCUGAAGAACCGAACGGCUGAACCCACCUUCCAAAUCGGCAGCCACCCCAGCUCUCUCUCUGUCACCUCGGUUCACCGCCACGGCGCCACCGCACACUCACCUCCGUCGCCGCGCCUUCGCCGGAUCCACCAGCUCUCCUCCGCUCGCAUCUCGCGUCUCCUCCUCCGGCCGCCUGCGUCCCUGGUGUGCUCCAUUGCUUCCCUGCCGUGAGCUCUCUUCGUGGUGUGCUCUACUGCUCCACUCUCUUUCCUGCCGGUUGAGUUGAAAUGUUGAAUUGGUUUUGAAUGGCUGAAUUAGUUGAAUUGGUUUCUGAACUUGUUUAUGAAUUACUGAAUUUCUGAAUUUGCUGAAUUGCUGAAUUGCUGAAAUUUCUUGUGUUAUUGCUGUGAAUUUUAUUGUUGAUUGGCUUAUGAGCUGAUUAGAAAUAACUAUGGCAGUGGUUGAAUUUAUUGAAGGUAUAAAUAAAGAUAGCAAAGAUAUUAAAGAAAGAAGUCAAGAAGACUCAAGAUUGGUUAGUUAGGAUUGGUGUUCACAAGUUGGUUAUUGGUGCAUAAUAAUUUUGCAGUACAUGUAUAAAUAGCUAUGAGUCAUCGGGUUCUAAAGAGAGAGAUAUAGAUCAUUGCUUUUGUAUACACUUUUUUUUGUUAUACUAAUGAAGAGGUAUAUUCAGAUUACAAUAGGUUAUUGGUUUUCAUUCUGUUUUCUCAAAGGGUUCCUUUGCUAUUAUUUGUUCUUCAAGCUAUUGCAUAGUUCUUCAUUCAGUUUUGGCUUCUUGGCAGAAUUGAAAUGUUGAAUUGGUUUUAAAUUGCUGAAUUAGUUGAAUUGGUUUUGAAUCAGUUCUGAAUUAGUUUAUGAAUUGCUGAAUUUCUGAAUUGCUGAAUUAUUUCUUAGAUAUAAUUCAUGAAUUGUUACUCUUGUGUGUUAAACUAAGAUACUAUUGUAGUACUAACUAAUUGAGACUUGAUUGUUGUUAAAUUAAGAUACCAUUGUAGCUGACUAAUUCAAAUUUUAAUAUAGUUAUUGACUAUUUUAUAUUUUUAUUUACGUGGGACUGAGUCACCGGUUCAACCAGUGAAUCAGUAGCCUGAUUGGUUCGAUAACCGGUUUGGUUCUGACAACUAUGCUCUUGGUUGAGUUUAUUGCAAUUCACGUGGGCAUUUCGUUUUAUGUUCUUAUUUUUAAGACCAAAUUUGAGUGUUUACUCAAACACCUUUAUGUUAUGUCAGAGAGAGCGAAAUUGAUUGAUUGUUUGAUUUGUUUCGGUAGCAAAAAGCAAAUAAAUGCAGAUAGAAACAAUUGAUAUUGGUGGUAGGGUAGGGCAACAACAAAGCAACAUGAAAUUGAAAUUUUCUUCUCUCUUUUUAUUUUCCGUUUUCGAGCUGCAAGAGUGAAGAAGGUGAAGGAGGGUAUGAUGCUGAGAGUGGUGGUGCGAUGGAGCUGCUGGAAGCCAAUGGCUUCUCUUCCUCUCCCAACACUUCGAUUCCCUCGCCGCCCACGUCUCCUCCGCUUCCCCACCUCAAACCUCCUCUCUCCUCUGUCCGCCUCCGCGACACUUGCUCCCAGUGACUCUUUCAUCUCCUCCUCUUCCUCCUCCUUCCAUGUUGAUCUCCAACCUUAUCUCCGCUGCUCCAUGCCUCACAAGCACCUCCGAGUCGCAGUACUUCUCAGCGGCGGUGUUGACAGCAGCGUCGCCCUCCGGCUCCUCCACGCCGCCGGCCAUUCCUGCACCGCCUUCUACCUCAAGAUUUGGUUCCAAGAAGAUUUUGAGAACUUUUGGUCAGAGUGCCCCUGGGAAGAGGAUUUGAAGUAUGCCAAAGCUGUUUGUAAUCAGGUUGAGGUGCCAUUAGAAGUUGUGCAUUUGACCGAUGAAUACUGGAACAAUGUGGUUUCUUACAUCAUUGAAGAGUAUCGUUGUGGCCGAACUCCUAAUCCGGAUGUUCUCUGUAACACAAGAAUAAAAUUUGUUUUUUCAGGUGCAUUUUUGGAUGCAAUAAGUGGUAUGGGAUUUGACUAUGUUGCCUCCGGACAUUAUGCAAAUGUUAUCCACCCAUGUGCCGAUCAAAUGGAGGAACCUUCUGUUCUGGAGCUGUCGCAAGACAUGGUGAAAGAUCAAACGUAUUUCCUUUCACACCUCUCACAGUCCCAGCUGAAGCAACUUCUUUUUCCUCUUGGGCGUAUUUCCAAGGAUGAAGUCCGCAGGCUGGCAACAGAAUUUGAUCUUCCAAAUAAGGAUAGAAAGGAUUCACAAGGUAUAUGCUUUUUGGGCAAGAUAAGGUUCAGUGAAUUUGUUGCAAGACAUAUUGGGGAGAGGGAAGGUAUCAUACUAGAAGCUGAGACAGGAGAUUUCCUUGGCAAACAUCGGGGAUUCUGGUUUUAUACUAUUGGCCAGCGUCAGGGUUUACGUCUACCUGGGGGCCCAUGGUACGUUGUUGAAAAGGAUAUUAAAAACAAUGUAGUCUUUGUGUCAAGAAAUUACUUUUCCUUUGACAAAAGAAGGCGUCUAUUUCGUGUAAGCUCUUUAAAAUGGUUGAGUGGGCUGCCUGCAACCCAGACAAGUCAGCUUCAAUGCAAGGUGAGACACGGUCCGGGAUUCUACGAUUGUAGUUUCGAAAUGGAAGUAGGAGAGGAUGGUCAAGAAAGCGUUGCUGUUGUCCGGUUAUCUGAAGAUGAUCAAGGCCUAGCAGCUGGGCAAUUUGCGGCCUUCUAUGAGGGAAGAAAAUGCAUAGGUUCCGGUGUGAUUUUGGAGUCAUGGGAUGAUCAAAGUUUUCCUGUAUGUGCAAAAGCUUUAGAAAUUGCAAGAAUGGAAGAUAAAUCAAAGCUAGGGAAUCCAGUUAAGAUAAAAGUUAAACCAGAAGAGGUGUUUGUUUCCACAGAGGUAGCAAGCAAAGCAUGAUAAGAGAAUAAGAAAAUCUUGAGUUGCUGCCACUAAAACAAUAAGCAGAGGGCCUUAUAUAUUCCCUUCCAAUUGGCAAUCAAAAGAAUCCAUAGAAAUGGACAUAAUGUAGGGAAUAGGGAUGACUAUUUUAUGAUGCAAUGCAAAGACAGUAGGAAAGUAAGAGCACCCAUUAUUCGGUAGUUUGUAGUUUUUUUUUGUGGGGGCGGAGGGGGUUGGUGGUAGCACCAAUGUUCUGCAGUCUGUACAUAAGUACAUUAUUGACAAUAUAUAACUUAAAGAUGCUUCACAUGUAACAGAGAAAUUUAAUUAUUGUAUCAUGGGGAAGAUAUCAAUGAAAUAUUGGUAGAAAAGACAUUUAUGA